AGCUAUCACUCAGUCAGUUUAGAUAAAUUUUUCGUUAUAAACGUCCCGAAAAUAUUUAAAGUCGCUAAAGAAGCAAUGGAAGUCGACGAACCGAUGCAAGAAACCGCAGAAUUCCCAACCGAAGUAUGGGAAUUUAUUUUCAAGGAAGUGGAUGAUCCGUUUGUUCUGAUACGCUGCCAAGAGAUAAGUGAUUAUUUUUUUACCAUUAUCGAUAAGUUAAUUGAUAAUUACAAUUGGCAAAAAUCGUCGCGUACUUAUAUAAACAAGAAUUAUUUGCAUGAAGUAAUGCACAAAUCUAUGGAGUCCUUUUGCAUUAAAAAUGUUGAUCAAGUUACGGAUAACAAGAUGUGGUUCCGUACUUUUAGAUCUUUUUGUAAGUGGAACAUGUUUUUGACUGAAGAAUCCAGUGUUAAUCAGGUAGAAAAAAUUACUGAUACGGGAGCCGAUACUUUAAGGAUUCCGGAUAUCACUUGUGUUGAUUCUUGGCAUGAUUUCUUGGCUGUUGGUACGAAACAGGGAUUAAUUAUGUUCUUCCAAAUGACUGAAGAUUACGAAUCUCCCCAACCGAAAUUUCAAGUCAAGACCUUAUUUGGAGGAAGACAUGAAAAAAGCUUGUUUCAAGUUCAAUUUUGGAGUGGGAGUAACGAAGUUUUGUUGGCAAUGUCGUUAUCGCAAGAUAAAACUGUCCGAUUUUGGGACAUACAGAAAAAAACCCAAAUCGUUAUGGAGCAAACAAUUUUAGCAGAUCACAUAUGUUCAAGUACAAUGUACAAUUGUUUCAUCGAAUUGAAUGGCAAAAUAGUAGAAUAUUAUUAUGACCAAGCAACCGAAUUACCAAAAUCACGAUUUGAAUUUCAAAUUGAUUUGGAAGGUGACACUGUUUGCACUUUGUUUGUACAUCAAGCUCAGCCGAAAUUAGUCUCAGUCAAUACUUUCAAAAUAUUAAAAAUGCACUAUAUAUCAAGUUCAAGUUUAUCAACAGGCGCCGUAAAUUAUUAUCAACAGUCUCACACAUAUGGCGGCAAACCAUUAACAUCUGCGAUGAUAAAAGACCAAAAAUUUUCAGUUUCAGCUGGUUCUAUUGUUUUUGCUAUUCAUGGGAUCAAUUUACUAAUACACGCAAGUGGAAGGAAAUUUACAGAGCACAAAUUAAGAGGUGCUCACUUUUCGUCAUUAAUAACGCACGGGAAUAAUUUAUUCCUGGGUAUAAAUUCAGGAUACAUUAAAGUGAUACAAAUUAAAAAUCUACCUUAUUUAUUAAAAUAUAACAUAAAUGAUACAAAUGAAAAAAUAAUAAUCGUCGAUGAAAAUUCUCCUAUUGUACAUUUAGCGGUUACUGAACAUGAAACAAAUCCUUAUAUAUUUUCAGCAAUGGCUGAUAGUGUACGAUCCAUAUCGCAAGUACUCUAAAUGGCAAUCAUACAAGAAGUGAAAAUUUUCUAUGAUAAUUUGAUAAUAGUUGUUACAAUUAUUUAUGUAUAGCAAAUAUGUGUUAAGUCAAAGUUCAGACAAAUAAUUAGAUCCGGAAAAUCCAUAUGAAAAUCCAGCCUAGAUUCCUCUGUAAACCACGAGGGAUUUUCGGAUGGAUUUCCAUAUGGUAUCCUAUGGGAUUCAGCAUAUAUCUCGUAUAGACUCUCACAUGGAUUUCUAUGGAAAUCAACUUGGGAUUCAAAUCUAUAUGGGAAUCAAGUGUGGAUUCGCACGAUGAUUUCCCAUGGGAAUCUGCACCAUGUCAAAAUCUAUGAGAAGAUCUUGUAUGGACUACAAAUUAGGAAAAUUAACGAAAAACGUCACGUUUUUGAUACAGAUACCAUAAGAAAUCGUAUGUGUUUCUGUAAACUUUCCUGAAGUACGUUCCUGUUGUAUGAUUUCUAGUUUUGAGUUUUAUUAAAAUUAUCUGUAAUUUCUAUAAAGAUGUAAUACUUCUUGAGUUAACUAAUAAAUCAAUAACUUAUCACACAUACUGAUAUAAAGAGCAUCAAUUAAUCAAUUUAUAAGUAAAUAAA